ACCAAUUCCAAUUCACUCAUCACACCCUCACUGGAUCACACAUAUACAUACAUAUACUUUUUCUCUUUCUCUCUUUAAACAAACCAAGAAAACAACACAUCCAUCAUGGAAAUUGAAGCAAGGGCAGCACCAAUGGUGGCAAAGAAGCUCUUGAACAUUCUAAGAAUAGUUAUGGUCAUGUUAAGAAAAGGUAUAUCAAAGAGCAAACUCAUUUCCGAGUUCAAUCUCUUGCUCAAGCGCGGAAAGAUAGCAGCCAGCAACGCAAUCUCCACCACUCUCACUCUCCACCACCACUACGCCGCCGCCUUCACUCGCCGCCGUUCCUCCUUCCGCAACAACAAAAACCUCUCCUUCUACCCUCGCGAAUACCAAUUCAGCUGCACUAGUAGCCCUGCCUUUAAUUACCACAGCCGUCGCCACCAUCGCUGCCACCACCACGAAGACGUUUCAACCCUAUGUAAGGUUCUUGAGAUGCUAAAAGAUAACAACAACAAUAGCAACUGUGAGAUGGUGAUGGAUUCGCCAUUGAUGCCAUUGCCAGGGUUUGGAAAAAGCCCUAAGCAGUUGAGGAUCACUGAUUCCCCUUUUCCUCUCAAAGACGAAGAAGAUUUUGAUGAUGACGAUGGUGGCAAAAUUGAUAUUAAAGCUGAAGAGUUUAUUAAAAGGUUUUAUAAGAAUCUUCACUUACAACACACAAAUUCUCCUUAUUAUUGCUCUUGGGACCGAUAAUAUAUAUAUAUAUAUAUAUAUAUAUAUAUAUAUUAAUUUUAAUAUAUUAAUAGUAUAAAAUAUUUUAUACAGUCGUACAAUCACAAUUAUAUUUUUACUAAAGUUAUGUGAUUGAAUGAAUAUGUAAAAUAAUUUUAUACCAUUAGUACGUUAAAAUUAUAUAUAUAUAUAUAUAUAUAUAUAUAAUUUGUACCUUAUUUGGACACUAAGAAACACAAUAUAUUGACUUUAUUUAUUGAGUAAUGUCAAAUAUUGUGUGUUUCUAUUCUGUAUAAUAUAUGUUCUUGUGUCCGAUAAUAAUAUUAGCGUACAAAUAAUAUUCCUAUUUUCACGUAUGGAAAAAAAAAACUUCCUAUAAUUUACUUAUUUACAUAUACACCCGCCUCCUCUACGUGUUUUCACUGCUUUGUCAAAGGAAAGUAUCACGUGACUGGGGAUAUCAGUGCAACCACAGCAUCACGUGACUUAGUUAUUAAGUAAUUUUGAUGUAGUAGGGUUUUUUUUUUUUCAAGGGGGAAGAGGUGAUGCCUUGUAUAUAUGUGUGCUUAUGUUGUAUAUAGUGUUUGAUUUCAGCUCAAACUCAAUAUAUGAUUUUGGUGUUUC